CUCCUUCCCGCCCUCCCUCCUGUCAUAUACACCUUCUCGUCCAUCAUGGAGACCAAGCAGUUGUACUACUACUCCACACUGGGCCAGUGCUUGAGGGACACCGUCGACGGCAUGGUCGCCUCCCAGAUCAUCUCCUCCAAGCUCGCAAACAUCGUCAUGAACAAGUUUGAGAACGUGGCGGCAAAGGCGUUGGAGGAGUCUGUGACUGCGACAAUGUCAUUCACUGCCUCGGGCAACAUCAUCUACCGCAACUGCGAUGGCUUCUGGACCUUCUUCCUCCCCGAGGUCCAAUUCAAGAUGCCCGGAGCAGAAGCUGUCGACGGCCGCAAUGUCAAGAUCGUUGCCUACGACAUCAAGGGCAACAAGCCGAGUGCGUCCAAGGCCCGCAGCCGCAAGCGCAAGUAGACGACACACGCCGUGACCCGCUGGUGGGAGUUGUUAAACCGCCCCGGUCUCGCCCGACCACGAGA